UGACUUAUGAGCUUUCACGGCCGAGAGGUUUAGAGGUGGGUUGAGACUUGAGAGUAGAGAUAAGGGCAGUGGUUUUGAGGUGAAGCCAUGGUCUCCAUCGCCACAAUCCCUGCUUUUCCCUGCAACAACACCCGUUCCUUCUCUCGCCAUUUCCUCACUCGCCGUUCCACACCACCCUCAUUCAGUGCUGGAACAUGGAGGAGCACAGCCAUCACUUCCAAACUCAAAGAAAAGACUGCUUUGGAGUACAGGAAACUUGGGGACUCUGAUCUUAAUAUCAGCGAGAUUACUCUUGGAACGAUGACAUUUGGGGAACAGAAUACUGAAAAUGAGGCUCAUGAGAUACUCAGUUACGCGUUUGAGCAUGUGAUUAAUGCUCUGGACACUGCAGAAGCUGUAAGUGGAUUUCAUUUUCGACUUCCAUUAUAGGUCCCAAAUAUUUAUUUUUAUUUUUUGUAUUUUAUUCGGGUAUCUCUCUGAGUAAAGAUAUGUCGUGUUUUCAGUUUGGAAUACUUCACCCCAUAUAGACCUUUUUAAAAUUAAAGGGAGACUAUACUCUCUCCCAGUGGGUGAAGUAAGGGUAAUUGCUUCAUCAAAAGAUGCAAUUCGAUUCCUUUUGUUUGGGGAGAAUAGCAUACUCCCAAAUUAUUGAUAUAUGAACUAGUACUUCCUU